GUGAUGCGACUUUUAAUUCCCAUACUUAUAUUCGCCCUGAUUACCACUGCCGUUACUUGGUUCUACGGCAGAGACGACCCGGACCGUUGGAGCGUAGGAGGGGUCUGGCCACUCCCGAAAAAAAUUGUCUAUGGGUCUAAGAAUCGAACAAUCACUUAUGAUAAAAUCGGAAUUGAUCUUGGCGACAAAAAAGAUUGCGAUAUUUUACUAUCCAUGGCUGAUAAUUACAUGAAUAAGUGGUUGUUCCCAUUCCCAGUUGAAAUGAAAACUGGUGGGACUGAAGAUUUUAUUAUAACUGUCACUGUAAAAGACGAGUGUCCCAGCGGUCCACCAGUACACGGAGCCAGUGAAGAAUAUCUACUUCGAGUCAGUCUAACAGAAGCGGUUAUCAAUGCUCAAACUGUGUGGGGAGCAUUGAGAGCAAUGGAAUCACUUAGUCAUUUGGUUUUUUAUGAUCAUAAGUCACAAGAAUAUCAAAUUCGAACUGUGGAAAUCUUUGACAAACCACGUUUCCCUGUACGUGGAAUUAUGAUCGACUCGAGUCGUCAUUUUCUUUCUGUGAACGUUAUUAAAAGACAAUUGGAAAUCAUGUCAAUGAAUAAACUAAAUGUACUUCAUUGGCACCUUGUAGACAGCGAAUCAUUCCCGUAUACAUCUGUCAAGUUCCCAGAGCUACAUGGAGUUGGAGCCUACUCUCCUCGCCACGUCUACUCCCGUGAAGAUAUUGCCGACGUUAUUGCCUUUGCAAGGCUUCGGGGAAUUCGUGUUAUUCCUGAAUUCGAUUUACCCGGACAUACAUCUUCCUGGAGAGGCAGAAAGGGAUUCUUAACGGAAUGUUUUGACGAGAAGGGUGUAGAGACUUUUUUGCCCAAUUUGGUAGAUCCCAUGAAUGAAGCCAAUUUUGAUUUUAUUUCCGAAUUUUUGGAAGAGGUCACAGAAACUUUCCCAGAUCAGUUCCUGCAUCUUGGUGGGGAUGAAGUGUCGGAUUAUAUUGUAGAAUGCUGGGAGAGAAACAAGAAAAUUCGAAAGUUUAUGGAGGAGAAAGGAUUUGGAAAUGACACUGUGCUUCUGGAAAACUAUUUCUUCGAAAAGUUGUACAAAAUUGUAGAAAAUUUGAAGUUAAAGCGUAAGCCAAUAUUUUGGCAAGAAGUCUUUGAUAACAACAUUCCUGAUCCAAACGCGGUGAUCCAUAUUUGGAAAGGAAACACUCACGAGGAGAUUUACGAGCAAGUGAAGAACAUCACAUCUCAAAACUUCCCAGUGAUUGUGUCCGCGUGCUGGUACUUGAACUAUAUCAAAUAUGGCGCUGACUGGAGGGAUGAGAUUCGCGGAACUGCACCAUCAAACUCAAGAUACUACUAUUGUGAUCCAACAAACUUCAAUGGAACGGUGGCGCAGAAGGAAUUGGUUUGGGGUGGUAUUGCUGCAAUUUGGGGAGAGUUAGUGGACAACACUAAUAUUGAAGCUAGACUUUGGCCAAGAGCUUCUGCAGCCGCUGAAAGACUUUGGUCGCCCGCCGAAAAGACGCAACGGGCCGAAGACGCAUGGCCUCGAAUGCACGAACUUCGUUGUCGAUUGGUCUCAAGGGGAUACCGUAUUCAGCCGAACAACAACCCCGAUUAUUGUCCCUUCGAGUUCGAUGAACCUCCAGCAACGAAGACAGAGCUUUAAUAAAUGUUUACAUUCCAAUAUUUUUUCGCCCAAUUCCUACAAAUAAUCUUAAUUUUGUUUUCUGAAACGAAUUCCACUAAUAAUAUUAAUAAACAAUUUUCCCUGUUU